AGUCCAGGGUGCCAGUUGCUGGGGACGGCAGUCAUGCCCAGCUUCUCUCAAGAAGGCCAGAUUAACCUUGGUGGGGUAUUUUCUCUCCAUGAAAAACCAGGUUACAGCCAAAACCUUUUUACAGUCAAGCCCAAAACCAAGGAUUGCCAAGGACUUGAUUUUAGACAGUUCCUGUUGGCCCAGACAAUGAUCUUUGCCAUUGAAGAGAUAAACAACAGGACAGACAUCCUGCCUGGAGUGACUCUGGGUUACAAGAUAUAUGACACCUGUGCCUCAGUAACGUUCUCAGUACAGUCAGCCAUGGCUCUGAUGAACGGCUAUGAGGAAAUGCUGACUGACACAUCGUGCUCCAGACCUGCAGCGGUAAAGGCUAUCAUAGGGGAGUCUGGGUCCACAAACACCAUUGCAAUUGCAGCAAGUGUUGGACUCUUUCAGAUCCCGGUGAUCAGUCACUUUGCCACAUGUGCAUGUCUGAGUGACAGAAAAGAGUAUCCCACCUUCUUCAGGACCAUCCCCAGUGACUACUACCAGAGCAGAGCACUGGCCCAGCUGGUCAAACACUUUGGAUGGACCUGGGUUGGUGCUGUCAGGAGCGACAAUGACUAUGGCAACAAUGGGAUGGCUACCUUUGUGGAAGCCGCCAAGCAGGAGGGCAUCUGCAUUGAGUUUUCUGUGAAAUUUCACAGAACAGAACCAGAAAAAUUACUCAAGGUUGUAGACAUUAUCAAAAGAGGAACAGCAAAAGUGGUGGUAGCAUUUGUAGAUAUCUUAGAAAUGAACAGUUUGUUGGAGCAGCUAACAGUUCAGAACAUAACAGGUUUACAACUGAUUGGAACUGAAGCAUGGAUAACAGGAACCAAUCUUGCAACACCAUCAAGUUACAGGAUUCUUGGUGGUUCCAUUGGCUUUGCUGUCACAGGAACAAAAAUAAACGGGUUGAAAGAGUUUGUAUUGAAACUUCACCCGUCAAACCAUCCAAACAACAGUGAUGUCAAAGACUUUUGGGAAGCUGCUUUCCAGUGUUCCGUGACAAAGGAAACGAGUUCCAAUUACAAAACACCCUGCACAGGAUCUGAAAGUCUGACUGAGCUCAAAAACCAAUACACUGAUGAAUCAGAGAUCAGAAUAACUAAUAAUGUCUACAAAGCAGUAUAUGCAGUUGCAUAUUCUCUUCACAGCCAACUAGAGUGUAUGCCACAAAAAGGCUGUGCAAAGAACCUUCAGACUGAACCUUGGCAGGUGCUUGAUGCUCUCAAAAAGGUCAAUUUCACACUGAGAACUGGAGAACGUGUUUUCUUUGAUGGAAAUGGAGACCCAGCCGCUAAAUACGAAGUCGUGAACUGGCAGCUUGGUCCUAAUGGUGCAGUGGAGUUCAAGGCAGUUGGCUACUAUGAUGCCACCUUACCGCCCGGUCAACAGUUUGUUAUGAGUCCAGUCGAUAUGGCUUGGGCAGGUGGUCAAAAACAGAAGCCCACGUCAGUGUGCAGUGAGAGCUGUCCCUCAGGCACUCGAAAGGCUGUGCGGAGAGGAAAACCCGUCUGCUGCUACGACUGCGUACCCUGCGCUGAGGGGGAGAUCAGCAACAAGACAGAUUCUAAUGACUGCAUCCCUUGUGAUCUGGAAUACUGGUCAAAUGAAAAAAGGGACAGAUGUGUGCUAAAAACUGUUGAAUUUUUGUCCUUUGAAGAAGUUAUGGGAAUAGUGCUUGUCAUUUUCUCACUCUUUGGAACAUGUCUGACUGUUUUAGUGGCCGUGGUGUUUCUCGCCCACAAAAACACUCCCAUCGUGAGGGCCAACAACUCAGAGCUGAGCUUCCUGCUGCUCUUCUCGCUCACCCUCUGUUUCCUUUGCUCUCUCACUUUCAUCGGCCGGCCCUCUCAGUGGUCCUGCAUGCUGCGUCACACAGCGUUCGGGGUCACCUUUGUCCUCUGCAUCUCUUGUGUUCUGGGCAAAACGAUAGUGGUGUUGAUGGCCUUCAGGGCUACACUUCCAGGCAGCAAUGUCAUGAAAUGGUUUGGACCUCCACAGCAGAGACUCACUGUUCUUGCAUUCACUCUCAUUCAGGUCCUCAUUUGUGUGCUCUGGUUAACAUUUUCCCCUCCUUUCCCCAACAAGAACAUGAAGUACUACAAAGACAAGGUCAUUCUCGAGUGUGACGUGGGCUCAGCCGUGGGCUUCUGGGCUGUGUUGGGCUACAUUGGUCUCCUCUCUCUCAUGUGCUUUGUACUGGCUUUCCUGGCCAGGAAGCUGCCCGACAACUUCAACGAAGCCAAAUUCAUCGCAUUCAGCAUGCUCAUAUUCUGUGCGGUGUGGAUUACCUUUAUCCCAGCAUAUGUCAGCUCACCGGGCAAGUUGACUGUAGCUGUUGAGAUCUUUGCCAUUUUAGCUUCAAGUUUUGGUUUGCUGUUCUGCAUUUUUGUCCCCAAGUGUUACAUUGUUCUGCUAAAGCCUGAACUAAAUUCACGGAAACACGUCAUGGGUAAGAUGCCCAAGAAAUCUCUUUAA